UCGUCUGUUGAGUGCACCCGCUCGUUCCCGAUAGUUCUGUGACAUUCUCGGCUGAAGAAAAAAGUGUUUUUAGACCGAUUUAUUUAAUUUAAUAUAAGAUAUAUAAAGUAAUAUCUGUUCUGUAAGAAGUUUCCGGCGGUGCGUCGAUGGUCUGAGAAGAGGAUCGCGAAGUGGAGUUCGAUUUUCAUCCCUGGGGAAGAUGCAGGAGGCAAAAAUCUGCCCUUAUCCCGCGAGGAUGCAUUUUCCUGCCUCGAAGAUGCACCCGGUGCGACUGGAAAAAAAUUUGACCCUGCAGGAACUCAUCGAACAUUUAUACGAAGCCUUUGACACGGACAUUGUCAACAUCGACCAUGUCAAGGACCUUAUGGCAGCCUACAGGAGCAAUCCUCUGGAGUGGAGGAAAUACGCGAAAUUUGAUAGAUACAGGUACACGAGGAAUUUGGUGGACGAGGGCAAUGGACGAUUCAACCUUAUGGUUUUAUGUUGGGGAGAGGGUCAUGGUUCUGCAAUCCAUGACCAUGCAAAUGCACAUUGCGUGAUGAAGGUCCUGCAGGGAGAACUGUGCGAGACUAAGUACGAGUGGCCUUCGGAAGAUUGCGACUCCAGCACGGAAAACGUCGAAAAGCUCCGAGAAAUCGAAUGCAGCACUCUUAAACUAAACGACAUUUGUUAUAUCAAUGACUCCAUGGGAAUUCAUCGAGUGGAGAACCCUAGCACAGUGAACCCUGCAGUCUCUCUUCACCUCUACUCGCCGCCAUUUUCGAAAUGUUCAGUGUUUAAUAAACAAACGGGCCAGAAAUCGUUAUGUUCCGUCACGUUCUGGUCAAAAUACGGGGAACGACGCGACCGGGAGAUUCAAGAAUCCAGGUGUCCGGAAGACAACUAGAAGAGAAAGGAAAGGAAACGGUAGAGGACGUAAGAAUACAGGGUAAAAAGUUUCGCGUUUACCUCAAGCUGAGCUGCAAUGACAAAAUCUGAAUUGAUCUGUACCUCUUCGCGCAAUUAAUGCCAGAUUAGUAUCAGAUUCACGUAGACCGAGCGGCUCGAUUCGUUUCACUUUAUCUCACAGUAAGAAGCCUAGACUAUAAAUAAUUACCUUCAGUUUUCAACUGAGACGCCGAAUUUCCGUCACCGAUUUUAUUAUGACACCCACUGUGCGCCACGGCGAAAUAAGACAAGCGCGUGUAAAGUAAAGAGACCCACGUAGGUUAUCUGUUACGACCUCGACGGGUCGAACACUCGAUACGUCGUUUACCAAUGCAUAAUUGUGGGCGAAUGUGCGACGAAAGGCUCGCCAUAUUGUCAAUAAAAGCAAGAAUUUAUGUCAGUAUAUAAAACGUGUGCAUGCAGGCACGAAUCCAUACUGUCAUACGCAUAAAAUAUAAUAUACAAAUUUA